AACUGCAAUGGCCUUCAGUGAAGGCAGCCAGCGUCGGAAGAGAGCCUGGAGAAAGCCAAGAGAGGAGAUUGGACCAGGAAUCAUCCACCCAGACUCUAGCAGCUCUAUUGAGACCGCAUCUACCGAGUCAGACCACCUCAAACCCAAGAGAAUCAAUAGGACUACUCUGAAAGAGCCUAUGAGCAGCUCAGAGCCAGUGUGCAUCAUCAAGCCAGAGCUAAAACCAGAGCCAGUGUGCACCAUUGAGCAGUCUUCUCCUGAGCCUACUAGUAUAGGCAGUGUGUCAAUGGACCGGUCUAGUGUGGAGGAGGGCUUGAACGGUGGCUCAUCAGUGACUGUGGGCGGAGCUGAGGCACCUCUUAUCAUUGACGGAUCAGUUAUGGAGGGGGGUGGUCAAAUCCUCCGUAUUUCCAUGGCUCUGAAUUGCCUCCUCAACCGUUCCAUCACCGUCACCAACAUCAGAGCAGGGCGUGACAAACCAGGGCUCCGCCCACAACACCUCACAGGUAUUGAGCUCCUAGCGCAGAUGUGUGGUGGGAGGCUGAAGGGGGAGGGGAUUGGAUCCAGUGAGGUCACCCUCUGUCCUCAGGCCAUUCGGGGAGGCCACUUCACAGCGGACACCCGGACAGCUGGGAGUGUGUGUCUCCUGUUACAAGCUGCUCUACCCUGUCUUUUGUUCGCUCCCAAGAGUUCAAAGGUCACUCUAAAGGGCGGUACUAAUGCUGACAUGGCCCCUCCAAUUGAUUACGCUAUAAAGGUAUUUCAGCCGAUCGCAGCGAGGUUUGGAGUGCAGUUUGACUGCAGAGUUGUUAGACGAGGGUUCUACCCAAAGGGGUGUGGUGAGGUGGAGAUAGCCACACCCACUGGUCCAGUGCCCCACCUCACAGCGGUGACAAUGACUGACCCCGGCACACUAGUGGGGAUCACUAUACACGCAUUCGUGGCAGGAGCUGUGCCCAUAAAUGCUUGUCACAAGAUGGUGAUGGGUGCUCGUAAGGCGUUGGAGAGACAGCUACCAGGGGUGGGGCUAGAGGUGAAGGAGGUACAGGAGACCAGGGACUCAGCAUUCGGGAACAGCUCAGGGAUCAUAAUAGUUGCUGAGACCUCUACUGGAUGUCUACUAGCUGGGUCUGCCAAUGGACGAAAAAGUGACCCGGCGGACAAGACUGGUAGGGCAGCUGCUGACGAGUUGGUGAGAGGUGUGAGGAGUGGAGGGUGUGUAGACGAACAUCUACAGGACCAGCUGAUCAUCCUCAUGGCUCUGGCCAGGGGGCGGUCCACCAUAAGAACAGGACCUCUCACUCUACACACUCAGACGGCCAUACACAUUGCACAGCUACUCACCAAGGCCAAGUUCUGGACAGAGCGUGUGUCAGGAGAGAAGAGAGAGGUGCACCUGAUUCACUGCGAUGGGAUCGGACUCGAGAACAAGUUGACCACACCCCUUUAAACAAUUACUUUUUUUAAAGCCCCGUCCAUAAUAAUUAUUAUGACCACAUUAAUAAUAAAUCAUGUGCUUGCAAAAAAUAAACUUUUAUAUAAUAACUGAAACAACAAACUCAAGUCUGUUUUGAUCUAUAUUUAUAAGUAUUAUAUAA